UUCCGGAGUCGAGGUUUUCUGUCGGCUUGCAGGUUUUUCCUGUGUUUGUCCUCUGCCCUGCCAAGGCCAUAGAGCUGGUGCGUGCGGGUAGCGGGGCGCUCCGAGGAGCCGCACGCCGGCGGCACCAUGGUCCACCUCACUACUCUCCUCUGCAAGGCCUACCGUGGGGGCCACUUAACCAUCCGCCUUGCCCUGGGUGGCUGCACCAACCGGCCCUUCUACCGCAUUGUGGCUGCUCACAACAAGUGUCCCAGGGAUGGCCGUUUCGUAGAGCAGCUGGGCUCCUAUGAUCCAUUGCCCAACAGUCAUGGAGAAAAACUCGUUGCCCUCAACUUAGACAGGAUCCGUCAUUGGAUUGGCUGCGGGGCCCACCUCUCUAAGCCUAUGGAAAAGCUUCUGGGUCUUGCUGGCUUUUUCCCUCUGCAUCCUAUGAUGAUCACAAAUGCUGAGAGACUGCGAAGGAAACUGGCACGUGAAGUCCUGUUAGCUUCUCAGAAAACAGAUGCAGAAGCUACAGAUGCAGAGGCUACAAAAACAUAAAUGAGCUGACUUUAGUGAGCACAGCAGUGGGAACAAGGUCAAGGUCCUUUUGAAACACUGCAGAGAUCUUAAUUUUGUUAGAUUUGGAGUUCAAUAAAUGGAGUAUCCUGAGUUGCCCUUGCUCUUCUGGCCUGGCCUGCACAGGGCCCAGGGAGAGAUUUGUUCUUGUGUGACUUAGAGCUGUGUGUGGGUACUAAUUAGCUUUUUUGGACUUUGUCUUGGGAUAGACAGUGGCUAUGGGAGGAUUGGACUUUUGAGUUGGGCUCUGGGUCUCUUGGACAACUUUACAAUUUACUGGCUUCCAAGACUUCCUGCUUCAAAACCCCCAGCCAGACUAUUCAUGGCCCAUUCAAAUCUUCAUGUUCAUCCCACAAGUGCAAGAACAGUUACCUUUCUUAUUGAUUUUGUAAUUGGAGGUUUAUAUUGUCUUGCUUAAUGCAUAUUCUCUCUUUUUUUUUUUUGAGACAGAGUCUUGUUCUGUUGCCAGGCUGGAGUGCGGUGGUGCCAUCUCAGCUCACUGCAAUCUCCACCUCCUGGGUUCAAGCGAUUCUCCUGCCUCAGCCUCCUGAGUAGCUGGGGAGCUACAGGCAUGCGCCACCACACCCAGCUAAUUUUUUUUUUUUGAGAGGAGUCUCGCUCUGUCGCCCAGGCUUGAGUGCAGUGGCGCGAUCUCAGCUCACUGCAAGCUCCGCCUCCUGGGUUCAUGCCAUUCUCCUGCCUCAGCCUCCCGAGUAGUCCCAGGAGUAGCUGGGACUACAGGUGCCCGCCACCACACCCAGCUAAUUUUUUUGUAUUUUUAGUAGAGAUGGGGUUUCACGUUAUCCAGGAUGGUCUUAAUCUCCUGACCUCGUGAUCCGUCCGCCUUGGCCUCCCAAAAUGCUGGGAUUAUAGGCGUGAGCCACCGCCCGGGAAAAUUUUUGUAUUUUUAGUAGAGAUAGGGUUUCACCAUGUUGGCCAGGAUGGUCUCAAUCUGACCUUGUGAUCUGCCCACCUCGGCCUCCCAAAGUGCUGGGAUUACUGGCGUGAGCCACCACUUCCGGCCUUAAUGCAUAUUCUUAAAUAUACAAAGGUAGAUUUGUUAUGAAAAUUGCUUUGGGGCUCUAAUAACCUACCUUUUAAGAAUGAGAAACUGCUGGGCUUAAGGGAGUUCAGAAUGAAUCAAGAUUGAACCAUUCAAAUGUGGCUGUGAUUUCUGCAUAUAUCAUAGAUGGGAUCCUUCUGAGAAUACUGGAAUAGGGAAUUAGGACACCAAGCCAAUUCAGCUGUGAACCUUAUUUGUACUUUUCUUUCUUGCUGGUAAUUUUAUGGAGCAGGUUAAGAAAGCUGCUCUGUGUUAGGAUAAACUGUAUACCAAUAAUGUUGACAACCUGUGAUGAGUGUUGCUUUUUACUUCUUGUAUCUUUUCCUUCCUAGCUUGAUGCCAAUAAUUUAUAAGGGAUCUUUAUAGUUUGAAUGUAUUCGAAUAACUUCAGUAUACUUUAGCUCUACUUUUUUAUUUGACUCACAACCAUUCUUAGGUCUCAAGUAUUCCCAUGUGUUUUAAAAGCCUGAAGUCAGUGAGAUGAAAUUCAAUAUCAAGAAUUUGAAGUAACUUGUAAGGAAAAAUAAUGUAAAGAUACCAUUGGGGCAGUGGUUCACACCUGUAAUCUCAGCACUUUGGGAGGCUGAGGUGGAAGGAUCACUUGAAGCCAAAGUUUGAGACCAGCCUGUACAACACAGCAAGACCCCGUCUCUACAAAACUUAAAAAAUUAGCUGGCUGUGGUGUUGCUCACCCAUAGUUCCAGCUACUCGGGAAGCUGAGGCAGUAAGAUCACUUGAGCCCAGGAGGCCGAUGCUGCAGUGAACUGUGAUUGUUCCACUACAGUCCAGCCUGGGUGACAGAGAAAAGAAAAAGAAAACAUUAUAUAAUUUGGCUAGAGCAUAAUAAUUUGAUUUUCUGGUUUUUGAAAAUUUGAGUUGCAAUAAAAGGAUAUUUCAGUGUGCGAUUUCAA